CAGGACUUCCUGUUUGCCUGCAGGACGUCCUGUUUUUCAGGACUUCCUGUUUGCGGUGUAAACCCAACCUCACUUUCUGCUGCCUCGCCCGGUUAAUCAACCAAAGAGACGUUUGGACCCAGCAGCACUGAGGGUCUGACCUUUCACCUCUGACCUGAGCUGCUCUUGGUUCUGGAUGGGUCAGCCUUGUUCUGGCUCCUGCAGUCCAGAACUCAGUGUGGGUUGUACUCGGUUCUGAUGGGCAUGCAGACGUGUCCUCAGCUUCUUGUUAGGCACGGGUCAGAACCGCAUCUAACCCGUCUUCAGGAGGUGACCCGGCCCACAUCAUGACACCAGCUUUACCAGAACCGGGCUGCAGCACCGACCCAUCUGACCCAGCAAGAUGUUCUGCUGACUCACGGAAAAACUUUGUACAUUUCUGCUAUUUGGACCAGAACCCGACCAGCCAGAACUAGGUCCAGCUGGAUCGGUCCACAGAGAACGUCUCUGUGGGGUUUGAUGAUCGGAUCUCUGGGCCGGCGGGUUCUGGUUCCGGCCUGAGGACAGAAAUAGUUCGCCAACCGGCUCAGAGUGUCGCAGCAGUUUCCACUGCGGUCGGCGCUGCAGCUCAGCGUAGUGGAAACUUUGAGAGCCGGUUCCUGCUGCGGUCGCAGCCGGCCAGCGCUGCAGCGACGCAGACACCUCAGCUUUUAUCUUGGCGGGACAAACUUCCUGUUUCUCAGCAGGAAACGCUGACAUCAGCUGAGCCAGGAAGCUGUUGUCUUCAGUUAGUCCUGAGGAUGGAACCGGACCUGAGAACGGAACCGGACCUGCAGCUGCAGAGUUUCCUCUAAGCACUAAUUAUAAAGUGUCCAGUUCUGAUCCGGUUCAGUCAGAACCGGACAGAGCGGUUCUGGUCCUGGUUGUGGUUCUGAUCUGGUUCUCAAUGAUCUUCCUCUGAACAUUUGACUCAGCAGCUCAAAGCUUCAGGAAGUCACGCUUCUAUUUUUAGCUGUUCGGAUCUGAGCAGUUCUGGGCGGUUCUGUUUGGAUCUGAGCGGUUCUGUUCAGAUCUGAGCGGUUCUACCACAGGUCUGAGGUCAGAACAAACGUCUCCAGAAGCUGCUGCUCCACUUCCUGCAGCACCUGCAGUUUCCCUGAACAGGAACAGCUUCAGUUCAUCUGAGACGAAGCUGCUGCCGCCGACCCAGAAGUCCGUCUGGCUCGUCCAGAACCAGAACCUGAGAUGAGACAAGGAGGUACGCUGAUCUGCAGCCUGUUCUGGACCCGCUGUCUGGGGUUCUGGACAUGAGGAAGGACCGGGGUCCAAACCGAGUCUCACUUACUAGCUGAGCAGAACCGGGUCCAACUUAGUUGUUAGCUUGUUGUACCUAUAGAUCUACAGGCAAACGGAUUCUAAAGCAGAAAAUGGACGCCAUCGCUCCUGGCUUCUGUUGGCCCAGUAUAAACUCUCAAUGGGAGAAAACCCUGAUGCGGCACUGAAGGCAGAUGAGAAUCAAGAGGUCAGAUACUGGUGCUGAUGUCCAGAUUAAACUGCUUCAGCUUCAUGUUUUUCUCUGCCAAAUUGAGUUUGUCAACCUGACAGCUCGGCAUUGUUGAUGCUUUUGUUGUUGACGCCUGUCAGAGUUCCUCAAGGCAGCCUUGGCUACUAUCCAGUAGCUCUCCACAUCGGCAGUGCGGGACUUCAAAGUAUCUGUCCGGAGAACGGAUGCGUCAGAUCGAUGCCGGCUGAAGGGGGACGGCGUCCUGAGAGCCGACAUGGACGCACUGCACCUGAUGGACAAGACGGGGGACAUCCUGUACACCUGGCCGUACAGGUACCUGCGGCGCUUCGGACGGGACAAGUCCACCUUCUCCUUCGAGGCGGGUCGCAGGUGUGACUCCGGCGAGGGAAGCUUCGAGUUCGACACCAAGCAGGGAAACCUGCUGUUCCAGGCCGUGGAGGCCGCCAUCAACCUGCAGAAGAUCUCCCUUCCCCACAGACAGACCUCCGGAGGGGGCCCAAUGCCUGCAGAGACCGGCCCCAACCACCACAACCUCACCCUGCCAGCCCCACCCGCUAACCCCGCCCUGGGCCACAGCCGAACGCCGCCGCCACAGAAGCAGCCCCGUGUCCAGGUCCAACAGGGCGAUGAAGGUGUGUACAGCAUGGUGACGGAGCCUCAACACCUGCACAAGAGCCAUAACAAAGACGCUGAGAGCUCCAACUCUUCACAGCAGCAGCGCCCCCAGCUGGCCCGUCUGGAGCCGCCGGUGGAUAAAAUGCUGACCGGCGUGAAGAGUUUGACCCUGGACACCCGCGGCCUCCCCGUCCCCAGGAAGAGCCAGGUGAAGAUGAUCUCCAGCUGCCCGUUGCCCAACGCCAGCCCUGAAUCGGGCAGCGGCCAGCUGCCUGGCCCCGCCUCCAGCCCCGCCCCCGGCGCCCGCCUCAGCCCCAAACUCGGCUCCAACCCCAACCUGGAGCAGACCUACUCCCAGAUCAGCAUGGCGGACGUCACUGUGCGCGCCACCAAGAAGGACAAGAAGGGCGGUGGCGCUGCGGCGACAGGUAGGGAUGCGGACUACUCGCUGCCCUUCGACACCCUCGCCUCUAACAUCAUGUCCGACAUCCUGGCGGCGGACCAGGGCGGUCCGGGUGCUGACCCGCUCUACGACAGCAUCGACGAGCUGAAGAUCCGGAACAUCUUCCGGAGUGAAGCCAGGACAACAGACGGCACUUACAGGAAGGUGGACCACAUCUACGACGAGCCUGAAGGCUGCGCGGCGGCCACAGGGCCGCCGGCCGCGCCCCACCCCUCGGUCUACGAUGACCCAGAGGAGAUGAGAGGAGAUGCCUGGAGGAUCAUGGGUACCUCUGUCGACCCCAAAGGCCACGAGUAUCCCUACAACCCCCGUGUGGACGACUACGCCGUGCCCAGGAGGCCCAAGAGGGCAUUUGCUUCCCAGAAGAGCGUCGCUAGUGAAGAAGAGGAGGAGCAGAAACAGGAGGAGCCGCAGGAAGAGGACGUGGAGGGCGACGAACAGGAGGAGCUGGAGGAGAAACAGUUUUCACCGUAUGACAACCUGGUCGUUAAAAUGGCCUGAAGGAGGCAGAGCAGCUGUUUCAUCCACCUAUGGCCUGGCUGGAUGGAGGAACUCCUGACUGAACGCUUUAUUAAGCAGCUUCCAUGUUGAAGGAGCUGCAGCUACCUGUAGCUCCAUGGACCCAUAGCUACCUGUAGCCCAGCAGAAUGGAAACCAUCUGAAAAACUGUAGCUUGAGGUAAAGAUGAAGCCACUGCUGUGGUGUGACUGAUAACCUCUGCAGCUAGCCAGCUAUGCUAACGUAAAUAUUUCCAGAGUUGGUCUAAUUUUGACCCGUUUCAUUUUACGUGAGGUCUUCAUGCUGUAGUUCGUUUUGAUGUCAUUAAACAAAACUGAUGAAGCUUCAA